UAGGGGAAAGAGGGCUCAGUUAAAGCGCCAGUGCAAGAGGAGGAAGUUGUCGUGGCGUGUUAAGGAGGGACUGAUUAAUCCGAUAUUACUAAGGGGCUUGCAGCCUCAGCGUGCUCUGCUGCACGUCUACUCGGAACUUAAUUUGUUCAGCUUGUGAAAGAAGGAAUGAUGCACAACUCAUUUGGGAUGGGAGGGCUUCGCAAAAGCGCCGAAAGAGCAGGAUCUUCACAACUGCUUUGCUGCCAGAAUGGCUCAGCAGUGCGAAAAGCAGAGAGGCCUGUUUUAAACGCAUGGCUGGAGGAGAGGUGGACUGGACCGUCAUCGUUUUGACAUGUCAGCACAAGGACAGCGUCUUUGCCUUCCAAAAAGAGCUGGAGAUCCGCAGGGAUCGGGGCUCCUUGGGGCGACAGCCCAUCCUGCUCACGGUUGAAGACCCCAAGGGCCAGGUUGGCAGUGGAGGAGCCACUCUCAACGCGCUCCUGGUGGCAGCUGAGCACUUGAGCGCUCGAGCAGGCUACACGGUGGUCACAUCUGAUGUCUUGCAAAAGGCCUGGAUCCUCAUUCUGCACAUGGGCCGGGACUUCUUAUUCGAUGACUGCAGCCGAGCAUUCACCUGCCUCCCCCUGGAGGAGCCUGUGGCCCCCGCUGAGGCACUCACCUGCAACCUGGACAGCCUCCUUGCAACCCUGAUGUACCAGGUGUGCAGAGGCUCCCCCCCAGGGGUCUGGGUUUCCAGCACAGAUAUGCUUCUCACAGUUCCAACCAUGACAGAGAUCGACUGGCAUGGAUUCCAGGGGGUGAGAGUCAUUGCUGUGCCCGGGAGCAUCUCCUAUGCCAGGCAGCAUGGAGUCUACCUCGCUGACACUCAGGGGGUGGUGCAAGACAUCUUUUACCAAAGCCCCAAAGACCAAAUCCAGCAGUGCGUGGGGCCAGACGGGAAGGUCCCGCUGGUGUGUGGGGUUGUCUUCUUCUCCUCUGAAGCAGCGGAGCAGCUUCUGGCCACCCAUGUCAUCCCACCCCUUGAUGCCUGCACCUACCUGGGGCUGGACUCAGGAGCCCCCGCCAUCCAGCUCUCUCUCUUCUUCGACAUCCUGCUCUGCAUGGCCAAGGGAGUCGGCGAAGAGGCCUUUGUGAAGGGUCAGAGACCAGGGAUGGGCAGCGGCGACAAUGUCCAGGAGGCAGGGUCAGAGAGAAGUGCCCGUUCCGUGCUGUGGAAAGCUCUCCAUGCUGUGCCUCUCACGAUGGGCCUUUGGAGGCCUUGUUGGUGUGGGAUACCCUCUGAGGUGCCAAUUGUGGCCUCUGGCUCCUCCCUCUUCACAGCGUACAUCCCUGAGGGUUGCUAUGACUACAUGACCAUGUCUGCCAGCGACCACAUCCGCCACCUCACGCCCCACCCAGGCAAUGCCCGCAGCAGGUCCUUCCGCAAAGUGGCACAUUCCCAUGUGGCUGAGCCUCAGCUGCUGGCUGAGGGCUGCUCUGUCACCAACAGCCUCUUGGAGGGAGCAGUGAAAGUGGGGCCUGGGAGCGUGAUCCAGCACUGCCGCUUGAAGGGUCCUUUGGAGAUCCACCCUGGCUGCCUCCUCACUGGGCUGGACAUGGCAUCCUCCGUGGUCCUCAGGAGCUACCUGCUUCGGGACGUGGUUGUCCAGGGACACACUGUCAGGCUGAGAGGGAUCCCUUGCAAGGUCUUCACCCUGAGUGGGCAUCAUGAUGACUGGCAGAGUAUGGCAGAAGAAGGCGGCACCUACCUGAACAGGCCCUGGAGUGAGUUUUUCCUCCGCACUGGAAUACGGAGUCAUGACCUUUGGAGCCCAGACAUCCCUUCCAGCCGCCGCUGCCUGCUGAAUGCCCGCCUGUUCCCCGUGCUGCAUGCCUCCGAGCCCCUGGGAGUUGGGGACGUCCUCUGGCUCUUGGGCUCCCCGCUUUCUCCUCCAGGGGCUGAGCAGCUGCAGCGCUGGCGGACUUCCUGGCGCAUGUCCUGGGAGGAGCUGAAGGGGAGCCUGGACCAGGAGGCAGAGCUGGCUGCCCGCAGGGCCACCUUCUUCUUGCAGGCCCAGAGCAAGACCAAGAGGGUCCUGAUGGAGCACAGCAACUGCAGCCUCCUACCGCUGAUCCGCUCUGCAGCCCUGGAGGGCUACCACAAGGCCAUGCUGGAGACACUGGACAAGGUUGCCUCCAUGGCCAAAGACCCUGGUGUUGCUGCUCGAUCCCUGGCUUGCAUUGCUGACCUCCUGGGCUGCCUGGCCAAAGGGGAAGGGGGCUUACGGAGCGGCCCGGCAGCCAACGCAGCCUGGGCCCAGGCCUUCCAGCACCUUGAGAAGGGGGACAUCCCUGAGGGUGUCAAGGAGCUGGCCAAGGAGAGGAAGAAGUGGCUGGACAGGCCUGUCCUCCUUGUCCGCGCUGCUCGACACUAUGAGGGUGCCGAGCAGAUCCUUGUCCGCCAGGCUGUGAUGUCCUCCUGCCAGUUCAUCAGCCUCAGGCUGGCCACACUGCCUCCCAUGGGCCGCUGGCUGAGAGCGGCCUGCCCAGCCAGAAUAGACCUCUCUGGUGGCUGGAGCGACACCCCUCCCAUCACGUAUGAACACGGAGGCGCAGUGGUGGACCUGGCCGUCCUGGUGGAUGGGCACAGGCCCAUUGGUGCACAGGCCCGGCGCAUUGCCGAGCCAGAACUGCGGCUCGUUAGCCGCAGCGGGAGGCUGGAGGGAGAGAUGGUGGUGGAGCUGGUCUGCAGAGACCUGGAAGACCUGCGGGAUUACUGCCAGCCUCACGCACCCGGAGCUUUGUUGAAAGCAGCCUUGAUUUGCACCCACAUUGUGGACCUUGCUUCUCAGAAUUCCUUGCGGGAGCAACUGAUGGAACACUUUGGAGGCGGCUUUGAACUCUGCACCUGGUCACGUCUUCCUCACGGAUCAGGACUGGGCACCAGCAGCAUCCUGGCGGGGGCUGUGAUGGCUUCUUUAUACCAGGCAUCUGGGCACUCCACUAGCGUUGAGUCCCUCAUCCACGCCGUGCUGCAUUUGGAGCAGGUUCUCACCACAGGCGGAGGGUGGCAGGACCAAGUGGGUGGGCUAGUGCCAGGCCUCAAGAUUGGGCGUUCAAAGCCUCAGCUGCCACUAAAGGUAGAAGUGGAGCAAAUCACCGUCCCAGAGGGCUUCAUACACACCCUGAAUGAGCAUCUGCUCCUGCUGUACACGGGCAAGACCCGCCUGGCCCGCAACCUGCUCCAGGAUGUUUUAAGGAACUGGUAUGCCCGGCUACCCACCAUUGUGCAGAAUGCCAGCGCACUGGUGAACAACGCAGAGGAGUGUGCCCAGGCCCUUCGGCAAGGCAACCUGGCUCUCCUGGGCAAGUGUAUGAAUCACUACUGGCUGCAGAAGAAGAAUAUGGCCCCUGGGUGUGAACCUUUGGCUGUCCGGCGCAUGAUGGAGGUGCUCCAGCCUCAUGUUUAUGGGCAGAGCAUGGCUGGCGCUGGAGGAGGUGGCUUUCUCUAUGUCUUAACUAAAGAGCCCAGGAACCAAGAGGCCUUGCAAAGGAUCUUGAUGGAAACAGAGGGCCUGGGGAAUUUCAGCAUCCACACUGUGGAGGUGGACAUAGCUGGGUUCCAAAUACAGCUUCUGGAGGAGGAUUGGGAACCAUAGGCACUGCAGCGUUUCCUGCCCACAUCCUACAGCUGUGCAAGAUCUAUGGAUGAAUGACUCAGUGGCUGAAUUUGGUUUAGUAUUUCUUUGGAAGAUUCAUGCACUCCUUCACUGCAGAUGGGGUGAAAACAGCAGCUGCCCCACCCAAGUGAAAAACAAUACUUAGUUGUGAAUUAGUAGGGCCUGGCAGUCAGAUCUGCAGCAUUCUUCAGGAAAUUACGUGAAGUAAUCAAUGAAAAACUUUUUAUUUCCUU